UGACUUAUAUCUGUGCCUUGUUUUCUAGAUGGAGAUGAAGGUUCACUGUGUAUAAAAAGGCUGUUGUCCUUACGACGAAGCACAGAAGACAAACAGGAGGCUGAGGAGACUAACAGUUGUUGAGUCUUGUUGGAUCUUUUAGGUUCUAGUCAUGGAGCUUGGUCUCGCGAUGAGGAGCCUCCUCGUCGUGUGCGCUCUGGCGCUGCCCCGCCUCUCUACCUCUACCCCCUUAGCCUCCCCUGCCGCUGCCCCCCAGCCCCGCCCCUGCCCCUACCCCUAAUCCCAGCCCGACCCUGCCCCUGUCCCUAAUCCUCAGCCCGGGCCUGGCCCUCCCCCUGACCCCAAAGCCGACCCCUGGUUCUUCAGCAUCUUCAACCACUACGGCCACCACGGCCCCUCGGGGGACACAUCAUCUACGGCGGAUACCCCGGCCACGGCGACCACGAGGACGACCACGGACUCGAAGAACACGUGUUAGAGCAGCGUUCGGGGCAAGCCGAUCACGGAGGGCAUGGUGACCACGGAGGCCACGAUGCUGGGCACGCAGCGCACGGUGCAAAUGGUGGGCAUGGCUACUAUGGCUUCCCUCCAUACCCUGGAUACCCAGGUUACGGAGGUGUCGUUGGGUACCCGAGCCAUGGUGGGCAUGGGAGACCACGGUAGCCACGGUGGGCACGAUGACCACGGUGGGCAUGAUGACCACGGUAGCCACGGUGGGCACGAUGACCACGGAGACCACGGUGGGCACGACGGUGGGCACGGAGGACACGGAGGUGUGUACGGAGACCUCAGUGACGUCUUCCACCCGUACAACGUGUUCCUGCGCGCAAACCGCGAGUACUUCGCCGAACAUCCCGAUGGCUACGACUUCCACUACUUCCCGAGCUACUAUUUCGGACGCUUCCUCAACCCGAGUGACGAGCGACAAAGUAUAGCUUUAUAGCACAAACAUAAGUUUAUAUAUACUUACAAAGAAUGGAAAAAAAAAUGAAUUAAAAAAAAUCUGUAUUAUAUAUAUAUGUG